UCCCAACUACUCGACCUGCUCACACACGAAUCAGAGAUGCCUCCCAAGCCCAAGCAUCGCGACGUGGCAGGGUUCCUGAGCAAGGUGCGCAACUUCUUUCUGGGUCGCACCCACAGGACGGCCCAUCGCUUUGCGGACACUAUCGCCCCAAGGACUCAGCCGCCCCCGGCCAUUCCUCAAGGUCCUUCGGAAGGCCUCUCCGCCAACUACUACUACACCAGGGAUCCUCGCCGAUUGGUUAAGCCGUUCGUCGAUGUGGUGCAGGAGUACAAGCAGAUGCUGAUGAGCAAGGCGAAGGCCGAGGAGGCAGCAAAGAACGCUAAGGCCAAUUCUGGAGAUGCCUCGAAAGACGGAACACCGCCUCCUCCACCGCCCAAGUCCGAGGAUGCCGAAAGGAAGGAAUGCAAGGAAGAGGAGGAUGCCAAAGUGAAGAAGCUGCCCACUCCUGGAAAGGUGCACUCGUGGGAGGGGCCACAUUAACCAAGUUUAUAGUUGCUCUUUGACAUCCCGUUGAAAACAGUUAAAGUGUUCGGCUAAUUGCCAGUUCCAUUGCAAUGCACUUUGCAGAUAUUUACGAUGUUAAGCAGGACAAUUAAAGGACUCGCAGCGGAGGCAAUGCAGGCGGUCGUAAAAAUGCAAAUCUAAUUAGACGUCAAGGGUGAAAAUCAUUUAUGGCACCUGCAUGAAAAUUUAAUUAAGCACACACAAUUAUCGAAGGCAGAAGCUGAGAGCUGGGAAGGCGGAAAAGCGGCAAGGCAGAGGCCCAAAGGGUUCGUUACUGGCCAGAACAAUAAAUUUGCAGGCUUAAUAACCUUUAAUGCUAUCAAAA